AUAAAGGGCAGCCAUUUUUCUUUAUUAAUUUUCCAGAUUGUCUGUCCAAGUUUUGAAGUUUUAUCACCACUUGCUUAAUCAAUAACUGAGAUGAGGAGGGUUGACCAGCGUGGCGAUCGAGAUCAUACACCCCCACCUGAAGGGGAAAGGGAUGCUGAAGCUAACAGUUCCGGUUCACAUGUUCCAGAAGCCAGUGGAGACAAUGCCAGGACCGAUCGUCAAGGGCAGCCAGGUCGUCCGGAACCACUCUGUUCCAGAAAUGGAUAUGAUAGAAGAGGCAGGAUGCCUGUUGUAGCUCCUGUGCCACCUCCAUCCCCCAGAGAUGAGCCUGAGCCUGAACAGCCAGAAGAGCCAAAACCGGGUCCAUCAAAUGCCAGUGAUUAAACUUAUUUCUUAGAUUUAUUUUUCAUAAUUAAUAUUAUUGCAAUUUCUUUCGUAAUUUUUAAACGUAUUCACAAGUAUAGUUAGAUAUCAAUUUUUAUAAUUGUCGAAUGCGUAAAGGUAUAUUAAGAAUUCACACACUAUGUAAAUUUCGA